GCGGAGUCGGGCGGAGUCGGGCGCGCUGUGAGCGCUGUGAGGGAGCCCAGAGGACGAAUCCCGCCCCCACUCAGCACCGCGCGCCUCCGCCGAGUCGCCCACUUGAAUGUUUUCCAAUUUUUAAGGUCCCACUCACGAUGGCCAACAUGAAGAUCAGGAAGUACCUUACGCGAUCCCUGCACCGGCUGCAGAAGGGCCCCGUGGCGUCGGUGUCGGAGCUGCUCUACUGGUACUGCAUGAACACCAACACGCACGGGUGCAAGCGCGUCGUCGUGUACGGCAAGAAGAAGCGGGUCUUGUGGUUCCUCAUCACCAUCAUCAUGUUGGGCGUCGUCCUCUGGCAGUGGGUGCUUCUCUUCCAGGCGUACCUGUCCUACGGGGUCUCCGUCUCGGUCAACAUGGGAUUCCAGAGGAUGAACUUCCCUGCUGUCACUGUGUGCAACCUGAACGCUUACAGGUACAGCUCCAUCAAGGACAAAAUCAAGGACCUGGAGGCCUACACACGCGUAGCACUCCAAACCCUGUACAACUACAACGACUCGAGCACUCCGUCACCUUACAACACCUCGUACGCCAAGGCGCCAUGGCAGGACAUUCCUCUGGUGCUGAUCGACAGACGUGACCCCAACCGCACGGUGGUGACGGAGGUGGUGAGCAAGCAGAGCUACCUGAUCAACGGCUCCAUAGACACCGUGUCCGUGCCACCCGAGAGAGCUGCGGCGGACGCGACCUCGUCGCUCAUUCCUCACCUGGGGAAGGACGUGAGGAUCGGUUUCCGACUGUGCGACACUGCAGGUGAUAAGUGCUUUUACAGCGAGUACCUUUCGGGGAUGACUGCUGUGAAGCAGUGGUUCCACUUCAACCUGCUGAGCCUGCUGGGAGAGCUCUCCAACGAGGAGAAAUCGAACCUGAGCUCCAGUGGCGAUGAACUUAUCCGAUCGUGUCUCUUCAGCAACGACGCGUGCAAUGCCACAAACUUCACAACCUUAUACCACCCAAUGUACGGCAACUGCUUCAUCUUCAACUGGGGUGAAAACGAAACGGUGAUGCAGGUGUCCAACCCUGGGGUUGAGUACGGUUUGAAACUGGUGCUCAGCAUUGAUCAAGAUGAAUACAUCCCAUUCUUGACCACAAUCGCGGGAGCUGUAAUCAUGCUGCAUGAUCAGAACACUUACCCCUUCCUCAGCAACCAGGGUUUCUUCGUCAAGACCGGUGCUGAGACCUCUGUGGGGAUUGAAGUGGGUCAACUACAAAGACAAGGUGCUCCAUACAGCGACUGCACCAUGGACGGCACAGAUCUGCCAAUAACAAAUCUUUACAACGGCACUGCCUACAGUGUUCAGGCCUGCCUGCGCUCCUGCUUUCAGACCAAGAUGAUCGAGAUGUGUGGCUGCGGCUAUUAUCUGUACCCUCUGCCCCCAGGGGAGAAGUACUGCCAGAACCAGAACUUCACUGGCUGGCGAUACUGCUAUUACAAGCUGUACGACCAGUUUGUUGAAGAAGAUAUGGACUGUUACACCAUCUGCAAGCAACCGUGCAUUGAAAGUGAAUACAAAAUGAGCAUCAGCAUGUCAGACUGGCCCUCGCAAUCUUCGGAGGAUUGGAUUUUCCAUAUCUUAUCAAAGGAAAGAAAGCACAAUGUCAGCAGGCAGGACAUAAUAAAGGUGAACUUGUUCUUUCAAGAAUUCAACUCCAUGACAACAUCUGAGUCGCCAGCACAAACGAUCGUGACCCUGCUGUCCAACCUGGGCGGGCAGUUUGGUUUCUGGAUGGGCGGCUCGGUGCUGUGCAUCAUCGAGUUCAUCGAAAUCAUC